GAAAACAAAGCCAAAGCAGAGCAAAAGGCGACGCCUUUUUCUGCCUUGGCAGCCUGCUAACUUCACUACUCCCAUCCAUUAAUUGAUGUUGGUUGGCAUCACCAGCUGUUGCUUCGCCCGCUGUUCCCGUCCCCCUCACUGCCUAACUGUGAAGCAAAAAAGCAGCACCACCAGCGCAAGAAACCUUGCUAACCCGCUCCCUCACCAGAAAUUGGUAUAAAAAUCCCACCUUUCGGCUCACUUUCCCUUGUUUCCCACCUUCCUCGCUUGGCUUCACAGUUCACUCUCGGAUUGUGGUGGCGGUCUUGGCCAGGAGGGAGAGGAGUGGGGAACAGAGAGGAAGGUCUCAUUUUGAGGCGUGGGAAAGCGAGGAGAAAGGAGACGGGGAAAGGAUGAGCAUCUACGGCCGCGAUCCCUGGGGCGGGCCGCUGGAGAUCCACGCCGACUCCGCCACCGAUGAUGACCGCAGCCGCAACCUCGAUCUGGACCGCGCGGCGCUGUCGAUGACUUCUCGGCAGCUGGACGAGACUCAGCAGAGCUGGCUCCUCGCCGGGCCCGGGGACAAGGGCAAGAAGAAGAAGAAGUACGUGGAUUUGGGUUGUCUCAUCGUCAGCCGCAAGAUCUUCUUGUGGACCGUUGGCGCCGUCGUCGCCGCUGCGGCGCUCGCCGGCCUGAUCACCCUCAUCGUCAAGACCGUCCCCCACCAUCAUCGGCCUCGGCCGCCGCCGGAUAACUACACUCUCGCGCUCCACAAGGCUCUUAUGUUCUUCAACGCCCAGCGAUCGGGGCGGAUUCCAAAGCACAACAAUGUGUCCUGGAGGGGGAACUCCGGAAUGAAGGAUGGCUUCUCCGAUCCGUCAUAUGGGAGAAGCCUCGUCGGGGGAUUCUACGACGCCGGCGACGCCAUCAAGUUCAACUUCCCUUCCUCCUUCGCCAUGACGAUGCUCAGCUGGAGCGUGAUAGAGUACAGUGCCAAAUAUGAAGCUGCCGGAGAGCUCGUCCAUGUCAAGGAGAUCAUAAAGUGGGGCGUCGAUUACCUACUCAAGACUUUCAAUUCCUCGGCUGACACAAUCGACAGAGUCGCCGCCCAGGUUGGGCAAGGGGCCACUUCAGGAGGAACAAAUCCAAAUGACCACUACUGUUGGACGAGGCCAGAGGACAUCGACUACCCGCGACCGGUCUAUGUUUGCCACAGUUGCUCAGAUCUCACGGCUGAGAUGGCUGCAUCUUUGGCUUCGGCUUCCAUUGUGUUCAAGGACAACAAGGCCUACUCUCAGAAGCUGGUCCAUGGCGCUGCCACACUUUGGAAGUUUGCGAGGGAACAGAGGGGGCGGUACAGUGAGGGAGGAUCCGAUGCCUCCGUCUUUUACAAUUCGACUAGUUACUGGGAUGAAUUUGUUUGGGGUGGAGCAUGGAUGUAUCUUGCAACAGGCAAUUCAUCUUACCUUCAGUUGUCUACUCAUCCCAAACUUGCCAAGCAUGCUGGUGCGUUUUGGGGUGGUCCAGAUUAUGGAGUUCUAAGCUGGGACAACAAGCUCACUGGUGCUCAAGUACUUCUUAGUAGAUUAAGGCUGUUCCUAAGUCCAGGGUACCCAUAUGAAGAAAUGCUUAGAACUUUCCAUAACCAGACUGGCAUCAUCAUGUGCUCAUAUCUACCAGUUUUUAACUCUUUCAACCGGACAAAAGGUGGUUUGAUUCAACUAAAUCAUGGGCGACCACAGCCGCUUCAGUAUGUAGUCAAUGCAGCUUUCCUUGCAUCAUUGUACAGUGACUAUCUUGAAGCAGCUGAUACUCCAGGAUGGUACUGUGGUCCUAAUUUCUUCCCUACUGGUGCUCUACGUGAUUUUGCGCGGACUCAGAUCGAUUAUAUUUUAGGUAAAAAUCCAAAAAAGAUGAGCUAUGUUGUGGGGUUUGGUCAGCGAUACCCUAAGCAUGUUCAUCAUCGAGGUGCUUCAAUUCCCAAGAAUGGGGUAAAGUACAACUGCAAAGGAGGAUGGAAGUGGAGGGACACUAAAAAGCCGAAUCCAAACACGAUCAUUGGUGCGAUGGUUGCCGGCCCUGAUAAGCACGAUGGGUUCCAUGAUAUUCGGACCAACUACAAUUACACCGAGCCAACACUUGCAGGCAAUGCCGGUUUAGUUGCCGCACUGGUGGCCUUGUCCGGUGAGAGCACUGGAGUAGACAAGAACACUAUAUUCUCUGCGGUUCCGCCGAUGUUUCCGUCUCCUCCGCCACCGCCGGCCCCAUGGAGACCAUGAGAGAUCAGGCACCGAUGCCAUUGAUUCAGGAUUGACCAGAAGUGGUAGUGUUCUUUCAUCCCAAUUAUUGGAGAUCUGACAAGAUAUGUAAAGCCUUUAGAAACAAUUUGAAGCUGAGUCCUGCAUCUUUGUUCUCUCUUUUUUCUGUUAUCGUGACUGUGUUGUACAGAUGAGAUACUGAGUGAGACUUUAAUUGAAGUAUUUGAUGCAGUGUUUUACUUUGCCU